CUCGAGGUCCACAGUGAUCUUAACUACCUGAAUCCGCCGGACCAUUCUACAGGACCCAUAUGCUCGAACGCUACAUGGACCAACGACGCCAAAGUAUUCUACACCGGUAAGCCCUCCAUCAUGCCAGAAUUCGCCUACGGCUCCGGGCUGCCUCAGCCAGUGCCGCCCAUUAAGCCAGAGCAAAUAGCGGAAGGAGUGACACUUAUUCGUCCGCUAUCUCGAAAGGGCGUCGGACCAGGGAUUAUCCUUCUUGUGCCCGAUCAACAAUCGGACACGCCCAUUGAGAUCGAGAAUGGAAUUCCAUCGCUGCGAAUGAAAUGGGCAGAAGAAGGCUAUUGUGUGAUUGAGAUCCGACCGCAGGCUUCAUCAUCCGCCUUGACGACCGCAGUGGAGAAGCUCGAUGCAUGUCAAGAAUGUGAGCCCAAGGAGAAGAUGGGCUUGGUUUGCUACGACACUGAUAUGUGGUCCAAGGCCGCCUCCUCUCUGGAAUCACUGACCGAUCGCAUUGUAAGCGCAGCGAUCUACGCUAAUGUCAGCGACCACGCUCGCCUCUCCUCACAAGUCUCCAUCCCAACCAUCUGGCAUCUCACUGGCAAGUCGGAGACCAAGCUCGUUCACAAGGCUCCGCACAAGAUCUACGAAUAUGCUACCACAGAGAACUGCACGUUUCCCAUUCCCUUCCACAGUGACUUUCAAUAUGCCAUGGAAGCCGUCACGCAUAGCCGGAACUUAGCCUUCUUGAAGUCGAAGAUGAAUGGUCCAUACUUCGACUUGGAAUUGCUGUGGGAAGAGCAUACGUACUAUGAGUUUGAGGCGAGACAUGUCGAAGCUACGAUGAUGACUAUGGUUGAGGAGCCUUAUGUCAAUCAUGUGCCAACGCUUACAGGAGGCAUUGGCCGCAAAGCUCUGACGGACUUCUACACAAAUCACUUCGUCUUCAGUAACCCAAAAGACACCGAGCUCGAGCUCAUCAGCCGCACAGUCGGCAUCGACCGGGUGGUCGACGAGUUCAUCUACAAGUUCACGCAUGAUAUGAUGAUUGACUGGCUCUUCCCCGGCGUACCUCCCACGUACAAAUACGUCCAAAUCCCCAUGAUGGCCGUCGUGAACUGCCGCGGCGACCGUCUGUACCACGAACACAUCUCCUGGGACCAGAGUACCGCUCUGCGACAGAUCGGUGCGCUGCCGGAGAAGCUUACUCUCAUCGUUGAUACUUCCAAAGCUGCGGCGAAUGUCAAUGGGAAGGGUGUGGCGACUGGGAAGAAGUUUGAGAUUGUCCUACCUGUUGCCGGCGAGGACACGGUGGCGAAGAUGAGGGACAAGAACUCGGUUGCGUCGAAUGCAAUGUUUGAAUUCGAGGCCAAGGAGGUCUAA